CAGGAAGAAAAAAACACAGUAGAAAUGGAAAAGUUGCAUUCUCUCUCUAACAGAAUAACAUGUCUCUCCCUCCUCUUCAUCCUCAAUCUUUUCUAUCCUGCUAACGCAGAGUUUAAUAGCUUAACAAGAAUUCCAUUUAGCAAAGGUUUCAGUCCUCUCUUUGGUGAUGGAAACCUCAUGCGUUCAUCCGAUGACAAAAGCGUCCGUCUUCUCCUCAGCCAAUACACAGGUUCUGGAUUCAGGUCAUCUGAUCUCUACAACCAUGGAUUCUUCAGUGCUAAAAUAAAAUUACCAUCAGAGUACACUGCUGGUAUUGUCAUGGCGUUUUAUACAACAAAUGGAGAUGUUUUUGAGAAGACACACGACGAAUUGGACUUUGAGUUUCUGGGAAAUAUUAGAGGGAAAGCAUGGAGGUUUCAGACUAAUGUGUAUGGAAAUGGAAGCACAAGUAGAGGGAGAGAAGAGAGAUACAGCCUCUGGUUUGACCCUUCCAAAGAGUUUCAUCGUUAUAGCAUCCUAUGGACCACCAAGAAAAUUAUCUUUUAUAUAGAUGAGAUUCCAAUUAGACAAAUCAUACACAACGAUGAAAUGGGAGGAGACUACCCAUCAAAGCCUAUGUCACUAUAUGCCACCAUAUGGGAUGCUUCAGAUUGGGCUACAUCCGGUGGCAAAUACAAAGUCAACUACAAGUAUGCUCCUUUUGUAGCAGAAUUCACAGACCUUGUCCUCCAUGGCUGUGCAGUUGAUCCUCUACAAGAAAUUCCAAGCCCCGGCUGCUCUGAAAACGACGACGACUGGCCGGAAAACAUUAACUAUAGUACUCUCAAGCCUAGGCAGCUAGUGGCCAUGAAGAAGUUCAGGCAGAAAUACAUGUACUAUUCAUAUUGUUAUGAUACAUUAAGGUACCCGAUCCCGCCGCCGGAGUGUGAGGUUGAUCCGUUGGAGAGGCAGCAGUUUAAAGAGACUGGAAGAUUGAAGUUUGGUAAGAAACACCACCGCCGCCAUGGAAAGAGAAGAAGCCAGGUUUUGAACCUUAGCAAAGAUGAAGAACGGGAUGAUAUAUGAUAUUAUGAUGUGUUUGUCAUGUAUAGGAAAUGUUAUUUUUGGUUUGAUUGUUUAUGUGUGCAUAUGGGUAUUUGUUUUACUAGCUAAUAUUGUGAUUG